AUCGAGUAUUAAUUUAUAAAAGUUUAACUGUACUUAAGACUAUACAUGGGCUUUCUAUGGGCUUCAGCCCAAAAUCUGUAAUCAUCGUUUCUGAGUUGGAGUCGGCCACAUAUGACAUAACUGAGAAUUACUUUUCUCUCUCCUCUGACGGUUCUUUUCUUCCUUCGUCCUCUCGUUUUUUUUGUUUCGUCGUCUCUCUCUCGCGCUCUGAAAAAUUCGCAGAAUCCGUCAUGUCUUCCGGCGUAAAUUCAACUGGCUCCGCCGCAGCAGCACCGGAGGUUGACAAGAUGUUCUUCUGCUACCAGUGCAAUCAAACAGUCACAAUCUCAAUUUCCUCAUCCGCUGAUCCUUUUUGUCCAAUUUGUAACCAAGGGUUUCUUGAAGAAUACGAAGACCCUAACCCUAAUCAAUCCCUCAAUUUCAACCCUAACUCUUCUGAUUCCUUUUUCCCCAUGGCCGAUCCUUUCUCCACCUUGCUCCCGCUCAUAUUCGGCUCUUCCGCUGCCGCUCCUUCCGGCAUGGACUUCAUGAGCUUAUUCGGUCCUUCGAUGCAACCACAGGCUCGUUCCACUCAGCAGAAUCCUCAGUCUGACGCGUUUGAUCCGUUUACGUUUCUUCAGAAUCAUCUCCAGACUUUGCGAUCUAGCGGUACGCACUUUGAGUUCGUGAUCGAGAAUCAUCCUUCGGAUCCAGGUAAUCGUAUGCCUGGGAAUUUCGGUGAUUACUUCUUUGGUCCAGGUCUUGAGCAGUUGAUUCAGCAACUAGCUGAGAAUGAUCCUAAUCGUUACGGAACUCCUCCUGCUUCCAAAUCCGCCAUUGAUGCUCUUCCUACUGUUAAGGUAACGAAGGAUAUGUUGAAAUCGGAGAUGAACCAAUGCGCGGUGUGUAUGGAUGAGUUUGAGGAUGGUAGCGAUGUUAAGCAGAUGCCUUGUAAGCACGUCUUUCAUCAGGACUGUUUGCUCCCUUGGCUGGAGUUGCAUAAUUCGUGUCCUGUUUGUCGAUUCGAGUUGCCUACGGAUGAUCCUGAUUAUGAGAACAGGAGUCAAGGAAGUCAGGGGAGUGGUGAUGGACAAGGAUCGGUUGAGGGUCAGCAGACGCCGAGGUUUAGUAUACAACUUCCUUGGCCGUUCAGGAGACAAGAUGGCUCUGGUUCAGGCUCGGGAGCACCUGGUACUGGUGGAGGUAAUCUUGAGACCAGGGGUGAAGAUUUGGAUUGAGGUGUGUAUCGUCUUUUCUCUCUUUUUACCCUUUUGUUUGAUUUCCGUGUUGUCUUUAUGCCACUGGACUAUUUGCGGUUUUUAGUGUGGUUGCGAUAACAUUGUGAAUGUGUGGGUAUCUACUGGAGAGUUAUACUCGCGCCAUUGCAUUGAUGCCUAUAUCUUAUAGCUUGAAAUUGGAGUUUCUAGUUAGGCAUUUCUUUUGCAAGAGUGACCUCAAAAUGUGGCUGCUUAAUGGAAAAGUUCCAUAGGCACAAACUUGUUGGUUCCUUCUUGCUCUUGCUGCUCCCUCUGUUAGCAACAGAUUUCCCUGUUUAUUAGAUAUUUUCAGGUUUCUUAGGUAGAGUCAGAGAUAUGCGUGAGAUAAUUUAUUGUGACUCAACAGGAUGCUGAAAGUAAAUUAGCUUAGAUUACUUUAACGCCUUGUAGAUAAGAAAUAAGGCAACUCUUCUCUAGGUCGUGCAUAUAUGAGUUCCUUGAUUUUGCGUGGUGGUUUAAUAUCUUGAAUUCUCGACCUUGUAUUUGUCAUGUGAUAUUCUCAGAAACUUGGUGAUUAGCAUUUCUUCGAUGUGAUAUGAGAGUUUCAAUGUGGAUACCAACAUGGGGAGAACUAGUUUGGUUAUCAUAUGAGGUUUCUCACUGUCAUUAGCUUAGCGUGAUGAUGAGAAAUAACUGUGCUGUGUAGUGUAAUAGCAUCUCUUGUUUUCUAUGCAAAGAUGUUGGAGAGGUAGAACUGUUUAGUAGUCAUCAGGAAUGCAUAAGAGUUUCAACUGCAUAUGUUCACUUGAGCAUAACUAAAGAACUAGUUUGCUAGUUAGAUAAGAGUCCGAGAGUAGCAUAUAUAGUGGACUUCAGAGACUUUUGGGUCAUCGAUAAGUUAGUUCUGGUUGAAUCUUUUGAGAAAUAUUUAAUUGAUGCAGUUGAUACACAACCACUUAUAAGCAACAGAGUUGUUAUUUGAGUUUCGGAUUCUGGCUAAUACUUAUCACACUUCAAGGUUUGGGAAGACCUUUGUGGUCGGGUUUUUGGAACCAGAUGUUGUUGGAUCCAUGAGAAUGUGUUGGCCAGUCAUUGCUUGGAAACUGGAUCAGAAGGAUAUCUAUCCCAAGUUCUCCAACAAAAAAUGAAAAAACAGUUUUAUUAGGGAAACAAAAGUGACAUUGAGGUCUUACCAUAUUUUGUACAUUUAAAAAAAGUUAUUUUUUUCGUUGUUAUUUUGGGAUUAUAUAACGAAUGUGAAAGUUUUUAAAAAUCGCAAAUUUUCAAUUGAGUGUUGUUUAUUUUUCUCAUAAACA